AUGCCUGGCGCGAUUCUCGUGGCAUUUUUGAGGGAUCAUUUUGCGCUUUCUGAGAACUGUGAUCCAGCUUGUCCUCAAGUUACGGAAUAUCACAAGUACGCCAUAGAACACUUCUUCCAGCCGUCAAGUCGAAGAGUGGAAAUCUUCAAGGUGUGCUCGGAUUACUGGUGUGCCUUAACAUCCGAGUUGUAUCGGCUGAAUCCAUUCACCGUCCCAUCUCCACCUAUAAUAUCAUUUUCUUGUCGAGACACGUCUGUGCAAAAGAACAUCCGAGGAGGAAGCUGUACAAAGAGCACCGAUCAAAUUUGCGUACUAUCAUGA